AUGGGUAAUUAUAUUGAACAGACCAGCACAGAUUUAGUUGGGACACCCUUAUUUGUUGCACCCGAACUUGCCAAGGCAUUCAAAGAUAGAAUUGAGAUGUUUACAACAGAUAAUGAUAGUGAUGGUGAUACUGCUCAAUAUGAAUAUGACAAAUCUAUUGAUAUCUGGUCAUUUGGGAUAGUAAAUUACUAUAUGUUGUCAAAAAAAUAUCCUUGGAAUGUUAAUAUUCAUGUUAGAGAGAAAAGAAAACCAAAAGAUUAUAUUGAGCUUUAUGACAAUAUAAUAAAAGGUGACCUAGAUUUUCCUACAUUUAAAACAAUUAGAGGUGAUAUUAAUGAAAUUGAAACUGUUGUGGAUUUUAUUCUUAAAUUGUGUCAGGUAGAUAGGGAUCAAAGGAUGUCAUCUGAUCAAGCAUUGCAGCAUACAAUAUUUAGUUAA